AUCAAUAUUAUAUAAAGAGUAAUAUUAUAUCAGGUCUUCAAGUGUCCCCCAUCUUCUUCAAUCAGUAACAGUCGCACAUGAUAGAGACGUUGUAGUGCUUUCAUUUUUAUCAAUAAUGGCAAAGUUUUUCAACUACACUUUUUUAGUUAUUUGUACUGUUGGUUUGUUGGCAGUCUCGGUAGAUGUUCCAAUAUCAUGGACUUCGCCGAAUUACGUAAAAUUAUAUUCCAACGAUUCUUCCAUAAAUCCGCUCCCGAAACCUAUAACAGUUAGUGAAGAUGGUUGGAUUGGUUCACUUGUAACUGUUGGAGCUAUAAUAGGUCCAAUACCAGCGCCAUACAUUUGUUCCAAGUUCGGAAGAAAAAACGCUCUACUUGCGUCCGCCUUACCUUUGAUAACUUCAUUUUAUAUGCUAGCUUUCGCAAAAAACGUCUAUACAAUCUAUGUAGCGAGAACUCUUGGUGGUAUGUCGUUAGGUGCUGGAUAUGCUUUAUUACCAAUAUACGUUGGAGAAAUUGCAGAAGACUAUAACAGAGGCAUGUUAUCUCAAGCUAUCAACGUCUUUUGGUCCAUUGGAAAUUUUAUAGUAUACUCAACUGGGCCGUUCAUGUCCUACAAAGCGUUCAAUUUAAUGAUAGCGAUGCUCCCAACAAUAUUUUUCUUUCUUUUCCUUUUACUAGCUCCCGAAUCUCCGUAUUAUUUGGUAGCGGAAAAUAAAAUGGAAAAAGCCGCCAAAUCGCUAAUGUUGUUGAGAUCAAAAGACAAAGAUGCUGUGCAAGAAGAAUUAGUAUUCAUCAAAGACCAAUUGAACGAUCAUAAAGAAAAUGGCGGUUUAGCCGAUUUAUUCGCCGAUGAUAUUGUUCGUAAAGCUUUUAUAAUAUGUUUAUUAUUAGUAUUCUCUGAAGAAAUGUGCGGGUUUUCAGCGUUAUUUUUCUACAUGCAACUUAUAUUUCAAGCUUCAGGUUCUCAAUUAUCCGACGACAUAUCGUCACUCAUAAUAUCGGUAAUAAUUCUAACCAGUAGUUUUAUUUCUCCGUUCACGGUAGAUCGCUUCGGUAGAAGAACUUUAAUAGUCGUAUCUUGUUUCGGAAUGUGUUUUUCGUUAGCAGCACUGGGAAUAUUUUUCUAUUUAUUAGAAUAUACUAGCAUAAGUACGGAACCAUUAUAUUGGCUCCCUAUAACUAGUUUAGUGUGUUUCAUCUUCUUUUUUAAUUUCGGGAUGUCGGUACCUUGGACAGUUAUGGCAGAAAUGCUUCCGGGACACGUAAAAGAAAGUGCUACUACUAUUAUCACUAGUACAAGUUGGAUAAUAGCUUUUCUUUUAACUUUAUUCUUCAAUGACAUAACUUCAAUAAUGGGAAUGGGGCAGACUUUUUGGUGUUUUGGAUUGUACUGUUUCGUAGCUGGUAUAAUGGUAUUCCUUUUCGUACCAGAAACUAAAGGGAAGAGUUUUAGUGAAAUUCAAGAUAUUCUUAGGUACGGUGGUAUGUUUCAUUUUAGAUCUAAAAAAUAUGUAUCUGAAAAAAGCAAAGACGUAGAAAAAUAUUAGAUAAUUUUUUGUAUUAAUUAAAUUGCAGAAUAAGCUCGGUUUUCGUAAGGACAUAAAUUAAUUGUGUGGAAAAAGUCAAAUAGAAAAUGCAAAAGAUGGUACAAAUGAUAUUUGUAAUACUCCUAUAUUCCUAAUGGUCGUAAGUAGAAGGGUGGCCCAUGAAGAGAGGCGGCCAAUGAAUAUAGUUCUUCCAAUAUCAAUUGCAGACUAUAGAAACCCUUAUCGGCAGGAAUAUUUCGAAGAAAUUGUGUACAUACGCCUUCCGAAAGCUUCGGCAAAUAGCAAUACAUGUUUACGAUUCGAUGUUUUCAUUGGUAAACAGUGGAAAUGAUGAAUCCGCGUGGACUAACGGUUUGUUAGAUGUUUACCGAGUAAAUAUUAUUUUUCAUUCUUUAAUUUAUUAUGAGUGCCGUGCGUAUUUAUGAAAUAUUGAUUGAUCCUCGCAUAACUGUAUUUUGCAAUUGAUAUUGGAAGAACUAUACUUCUAUCUCGUUCUUUUUAUUUGAAGCUUGGGGGUUUGCAAGUGGGGAAAUCUAUCUAUUAGUAGCGUUCCUUUCCCAUGAAAUCUCAGUUAAUUUCUUCUUCUUCUUCCGCCCAUGGUUGGUUGCUGGGUGGAUAAAGUAGCCUGGUGACUGCCACUGCUGGUCCCAAGCUCGGGUAAAGGAGGAGGGUUGUCAGGUGAGGCCAGCAACCUGCCUGACGUAAAAAGAUUUGCUGCUCACAAAUCCAACGAUUAGCCUCGGAAUAGGAUGGUCCAAGCGUUGACGAACUCGACUAGAAAUUGGAAUAAGAAUACGAAAUUCAAUUCUACGUCCCAUUUUAAUUUUACACAAAUCAGAUGAAUUACCCCUUACCGAUGCAGCAACAACUUUUGUUUUGGGAAAAUAACUCAAUUCAGUCAUUUGACAAAUGAUUGAAAAGUUUUAGGAUAUAUUUACUUGUGGUUAAGAUUUGCGAAUUAAUUUUUAUUCUACUUUUGUAUUGGCUAGUGCAUUUUGGAUUAGAAUACAAUGAACUGAUUGCAUGUGUCUCAGUUUGUUAUUCCAUUUGAGCCACCAUAUCAAAGUGAGAGCAGGUGAGCUGAUAUUAUCAGCUCAAUUUGAAAUAAAUCAGAUCAUUUGCAAAAGGAAAGCUAUGAUUGUAAUGAAUUUUGUUUACCGAUAAUCCAUUCACGAUCAUGCGCAUUAGACUUAACGUAUAAUAAGUGAAACGUGCAUUUUGGUGUCUUGAAAAGGAUGACGAUCCAACAGUGCAGACAUACGUCAUAUAGACUUGAAAUGCUAUGUGAAUGCCCGAAAAUAGAGCAUUCGCACGAACGCAAUUUUAUACAUAGAUGAGAUAUUAAACGGAACAAUUAAACAUUUUCAAAAUAUAAUUUUCAAUUAUUUAAAAUAAGAUUUAUAUACAUACGUAUAUAUAAUUCAUAAUAACAAAUGAAAAAAAUAAUAAACGGCUUGAUUCCAACUCACGAACCAAAAAUGGUUACUUUAAAGCGGUGCACAGAAUGAACGCGAAUAUGGUGCGCUCUAGACGUUCAUAAAAGUAAUGGUUGGCUGGUAAACAUAACCUUAAAAGUGAAUGUAUAUAAUGAAAUUUGAGCGGUGAUUAACGAUUUUGAAUUAUUUAUAAUGUAAUAUAUUCUUACUUUACUGCAUGAAAUGUGUAGAGAAAUAUACACAAAGCGACAUUUGACACGGCGUUGGUGGGUAAGACCCUGCAAUUUGAAUAGAAAUAUCUACAGUUACUUUACUACAACAUAUUUCAAAACGAACGAAAUAGAUCCAGACGAAUUUUUCAAACAUAGAUGAAUGAAUCGGGGUUAUAUUAUCAACUUAUUAACCAGACACUCAACAAAACAUUCAAUAAGAAAACCCUAUUGUCGAUUAGAUCUGGAAGUUAAUCACCAGUUCUUGUCACGGAUUUUUCAAACGGGAAUAUGAUUCCCAAAAUAAAUCUGGCAUAUUUUAGUUUUCUUGUAUCUAACCGAAUGUUUAUUAGAUAAACACUCAUGAGCACGUACAAAUUCUAUCAGCCUUUUACUCAGAGAAGUCGUUUUUCAGGAUAUCUGCAACUACAAACUACACUAGAAAAGUGAGGUUAUGUUUUUGACGUUCAGCGACGAUUAGCGCGUAAAAAGUAGAAAGUUGGUUAACUUCGACGUCAAGAGCGCGUACGUUAUGAGAGUUUCUCAACAAGUUGAUCUAUCUUUGACAUUUAUGAACGUCUUAAGAGUGUCAUGCUCGUUUUCAUUCUGCAUACCGCUUAACCGUGUUAUAAGCUUCCAAUGGAUGGAGCGUCUCUCUUAUACUUACUUACUACAGUCGCUCAGUUUGUGCACAGCGGAUCAAGUCUGAAUAAGAGAGAUAUAAGAAUGCAGUUGCUGUUUCUCUUGGUGUGCAGCACUUUUACUUACGGGGAUCAGCAAUAUAGGAGUAUUAAAUAUAUGGUACAGUUCCUUUAAAUCUGUUAAUAAUGUCAAUGUUUUGACCUCUUCAGUGCAACCAACUUAGUAUUCUUUUUCGUAAAAUCAAUAUAGCCAACUUAAAUGUUUGUUUUUCUGUAUCCUUGACUCCGAUUUGUGGUUUUACUACAUACAAGUCAACAGAGAAAAACUUUUUUGCCUUUACGAAAACUGAAGUUCAAAAAUAUAGUUUGAAGAAGUGUGAAAAGGCAGUUGAAUUCGUUUAAUUAAUGAAAUUUACAAUUUUAAUAUACUCAAAUCUUAUCUGAAAUCUUAAAAGCGGAAAGCUACUUACACAUUUUUGUCAAUUUAAAUAAUAUCUAUUUAUAGAAACUCUACUAACAAUAAAAGAGAUGCGAAUAUAGUGAAUGUAUAAAUUUGGGACGAGAUUAUUAUUUGAAAAAUCUUAUUGAUUUCUAGAAUGAAUACUCAAAAGUAUAAAGCAUGAUGAUCACAAAAAAGUGCGAAGUAAAUUAGUUUUUCGUUAGUUUAAUAUCUAUCGUUUCAAAUAUUUUGAAAUUUUCUACUCUCCUCUUGUAAAUAGUGAUUUAUGGCAAAUAAAAUGAAAAUAUGAAUCUUGAUAAAUGAAUGAUAUUGUUCUGACUCCUUUUAUUUAUACUACUUUAAUUCAAUAUUUCAAGUUUUCAAUAUUUAUAUCUUUAUCGUUUUUCUGUGUUUAUGAAUAAUUUUUUAGUUGGUAAUGAAUUUUAUCUAAGUCCCCUAUCAAAUGUGUUACUUUGAGUCACUCCUCGACAUUAGGAAACGUCACAUGUUUCAUAACCUCCAUAUAUCAGUUAUAUAAACACUUUACGUAACUGUUUAUUUAUAAACAUUGAAAACAAUACUAUUAAAGACAGAGUUAUUUAAAGUAAGUCCAUUUUCUGGGUGAAUAUUCUCUUGAACUUCUUGUCAAAUGUUAAUUUCAUUUGAAGCUGUGAUAUCUACAUGUAUGCUAGGGGCUUGGCACUAAAAUGUUUUCUGGAAUUCCUCUCUUAUUUUCUAAUGAACCCUCAACAUAGCCCUCGGUUUCACUGUUGGAUUACCAUUCUCCAUGUUACUUAGAAUUUCCGCUUCUGACUCUGUCAGGAGAGACGCUGACGAGCGUCAGAAACAGUGUCCUUUAUAUCCUUUAACAUGAGGUAGACCCAGGUACUGAGUAAUCUUUGCUAAUAAUUUUCCAAUUUAUGCCCUCAAGUUGUAUGACACAUUUUCCAUUAUAAUAUCGCACAAAAAUAUGUCGUGCUUUACAGCAAGAGGUCUAAUGUUUUUAUACUUUUUAAGGAGCUCUAAUAAUUCUAUACUUUUUGAGGUCAACAAAAUUGACACCAGCAAUAUUUCCAGCAGUGACCACAAAUUCGCGAAUAACAUGUAUUUUGCUUUCUGGAAUUGUAAAUUUAAAAAAAAGGUGCCAUCAUCAAAUACGUUUCCUCCUCAUAGGAAUGUCAAUUCAACUUUCCUGCAAUCUCUAUUAUCAUUGCGAGCUAAAGAACAGAUUUAUUUAAUAAUAAAUUAUAAUAAAUAUAUAUAAUAAAUAAUAUAAUAUAAUAAAUAUAUUAUAAUAAAUUAUAAAUUCAGCCUCUUUUAUAAAUCUUUCUACAUCCUCAAAAUAGACGACUUUAAUGUUUUUAAAUUUUCAAAAUAGACUUCAUCUUUCAAAUUUUUAGUAGGCCAGGGCGUAUCUACUUAAUUUUCAGGUAUUAAACUACCAUCUGCAUUAUUUGCAGAGGAUAGUUUAAUACCCUCUUACUUCAAAUGGAAUGUCUGAUUCACUAUCUGAAGACAUUUAAACUUGUUUUGACUUAUUUUCAAAUAUCGUUGUUUGCUUCCAAAGUAACAAUACUUCAAGACCUGCUUCUGUACUAAUAAUACUUCUAACACUAUUUGUUUCCACAUUAAUAUUUUCAUUCAUACGUAAAUAACUAUUUAAUAAUUAUUAUUUAGCAGCAAUUUGCCAAUACUCACUAUUUUCUAUGUCGAAUUUUUUCGAUAUCUGUUUAAGAAGGUUUAUGAAUAAAAAACCAAAAAAAUCGAGCAAUUUCUAUGAAGUAGUACUUUAGGUUAACCUUGUGAAAAAAUACAAAGAAACAGUCGAAUUCAAAAAAAAAUAUACGGUAACUUAGAGGAAGGAAAAACAUUGGGAAGAGUUGGCAAAUAAAUUUAAUGAUGCAAAUGGCGCAAAAACAAUGUUGAUAAUGUCUUCAACAUAAUUGUAGAAUUUAUUAAAUCUUCAAUCACUCUACCUUUAUAAUAUUGUAAAAAUGUAAACAAUUUGAGAUAGUUAGGUUCAGAUCCCCCGAUUUAUGUUAAACUGAAUUUUAAUCUAACCUCAGAACGCCUGUAACGUUUAAUCCGAAGUUUGUCACUUAUCCUACAUUUGAGGUUUAACCCUCAUUUGUAAAAUUGGGCCUUGAAAGAAUUACCAUAUCUUGAAAAUUAAUGUUUAAAUAAACAGUGAGCAUCAGAUUACUUUCCAACAUUGUGAUGAGUUUUAAACUAUAGAUCCACUUGUUUAGGACAUUUUCCAAAUAAUAAUCAUAUUCCUUAAUUUAGCUUAUCACUGUAUAAUUAGAAAGUAGAACACUUAAAAUAUAUUACUUAACGGACAAUUGUAAUAUGUUUAAAACUUUACAGUAUUAUUUUUAGUUAGAUUUAUUUUAUUUAAUUUUAUUUAAGUGGUGCCAUAGUAAAAGCUUUCAUUAAUUUUAUGUAAAAGUAUUCAAGAUUUUUUAUUCCUAUUUAUAAUUAUAUAAUUUAAUGUAUAAAUAUACAGGGUGAAUCACGUUGUAUAUUCUUGAAAGAAAAAACUGUAACCAUUGAUGAAAAAUUUUAAUACAAUUUUGUCAGUAGUAGUGCACAAAAUAAGAUGGUGUUUGUUAUUUUUCCAUAUUUCAAUAUAUUAGAAGAUCUAUUUAUUUUAUAAUCUGGGAAAUACACAUUUUCCAUUAGAUUGUAUAAAUUUUUAUGCUUCAAAACAUUACAGUCAAAAAUGCAAUGAUUUUUUUAAUUUAAAUACUUCACUAUUAUCAAUUUUAUUGAAAAUAUUGAUCAUUAUUUUAUUGGAAAAAUUGAAAA